GUUGGACGAGAAGGAGAGCAGGCGUCUGUUCCAGCAGAUCAUCUCAGGGGUGGAUUACUGCCACAGACACAUGGUGGUGCACAGAGACCUCAAGCCUGAGAACGUCCUGCUGGAUGCACACAUGAAUGCCAAAAUUGCAGACUUUGGCUUGUCAAACAUGAUGUCGGAUGGAGAAUUCUUAAGAACGAGUUGUGGUUCUCCUAAUUAUGCUGCUCCGGAAGUCAUCUCUGGAAGAUUAUACGCAGGGCCUGAGGUGGACAUCUGGAGCAGUGGUGUGAUUUUGUAUGCUCUGCUAUGCGGAACGCUGCCGUUUGACGACGACCACGUGCCAACACUGUUCAAGAAGAUCUGCGAUGGGAUCUUCUUCACUCCUCAGUACCUGAACCCCUCUGUUAUUAGCCUUCUGAAACACAUGCUCCUGGUGGACCCCAUGAAGAGAGCCACCAUUAAAGAGAUUCGGGAGGAUGAGUGGUUUAAACAAGAUCUCCCCAAGUAUCUGUUCCCAGAGGACGCUGCAUAUAGCAGCAAUAUGAUUGAUGAGGAGGCGCUGAAGGAGGUGUGUGAGAAGUUUGAGUGCACUGAGGAGGAGGUGCUCAACUGCUUGUACAGUCACAAUCACCAAGAUCCUCUUGCUGUGGCCUAUCACUUGAUCAUAGACAACCGCCGCAUUAUGAGUGAGGCCAAAGAUUUCUAUUUGGCCACCAGCCCCCCGGACAGCUUUCUAGAUGACCUGCCUGCACACCACUCUGCAAAGAUUCACCCUGAGAGAGUGCCGUUCCUGGUGGCUGAGUCUCAGCCACGUCCUCGACACACGCUGGAUGAGCUUAACCCCCAAAAGUCCAAGCAUCUCGGUGUCCGGCGGGCCAAGUGGCACCUGGGAAUCCGUAGCCAGAGCAGACCGAAUGAUAUCAUGAGUGAGGUCUGUCGUGCUAUGAAGCAGUUGGACUAUGAGUGGAAGGUAGUUAAUCCUUAUUACUUGCGAGUGCGGAGGAAAAACCCAGUCACUGGAGUACAUACAAAGAUGAGCCUCCAGCUCUACCAGGUGGACAGCAGGACCUAUUUACUAGACUUCAGGAGCAUAGACGAUGACAUGAUAGAAGUAAAAUCAGGGACCGCCACACCUCACCGCUCCGGCUCAGUUGGUAACUACCGGACUACCCUAAAGAACGAUAGGAACGAGAAAAACGAAUGUGAGGAUGCAGCAAAGGGUGACACGUCCGCACCCUCCACGCCUCCAAUAUCUGGAGGGAAAGCGGCGGAAGGCUCUCUGGCUUCUUCUCUUACCUCCUCAGUGGAUUCCACAGGGGGAGAGAUCCUCCCCCGCCCUGGAAGUCACACCAUAGAGUUCUUUGAGAUGUGCGCCAACCUCAUCAAGCUGCUAGCACGAUAACUUGUGGUUCCUCUGAUGCCUUCUCUUUCACUCUCUGGCUUGUUUUCUCUUUCUUCUAGAAUACUGUCUACCUCUUCAUCCUCUGAUAUCUGUGUCAUCAUGCACAGCAGUCCUUCUAUCUCUAUUUUUUUUGUCUCUCUCUCUCUCAGUGUCUAGAGCAAUAAGCAUGCGGACGGACUCAAGACUCCAUGCAUCCCACUCGCCUGAACAAGCUGAAUGGUCUGUGGCACUACAGUCACCAGGAUGAGCCUUUACAAUUCUUUUCUGGGUUUUAUGGCAAGGAUUUCCUUGCAGAGAGUGAGGUGUAGAGGUGCAUUUAAAUGAGUUAUACACUGAGCUAGCUGUAUUGUACACAAUGCUGUUGCGAUUCUUGGCAGAUCAAGAAAUGAAUAAAGAAAGAGCCCUUAUGAGGCAUGUGGGACGACAAGUAAGAUAGAAAGCGCUUUUGCACAGUUUUACCUGUAAGUUUUUGUGGGCCAGUGUCAGAACUGGUUAUCCCAUUGAAGCUGCCUACUGGGAAGAGCACUCGAUUAGGAGGAGCCAUCUUAAAAAGGAGGGCCAAUUUAAUAUGGUGGGCACUUUAACACAAAGGGACAACUUGAUACGUCAGCCUUUCAUAAGGAAGAGACCAAUAUGAAACCCGUUUAUCCUGAGGGAGUGCAAUGUCCUUGCCUCCGUUUCAUAGAUUUUUGUUUGUUUGUUUGUCACACCUUAGUCUUUUUUUCUAUUUUCUCACAUUUUACAUAAAUUUAAGUAUGCAGAAUUUAAACAUGCAUUUGGAUUUAUAUUUAUCAGUGCUUUAAAUGGGGUUGUAGAUUGUAUUAAAAUUGUGAUAUUGGACUGAAUUUUUUUUAAAGAAAUGUUUGAUUAUAUUGCUGUAAGAUGUUUUAUUCCAUACACUGCUUUAUCAAAAACGUCUUCUUUUUUUUUACUAUUAUUUUAGUUUUUUUUGGAGUAAAAAACAAGUACUCCUUAAAGAAAGAAAUCAAAUGUUUCUGUAUUCCCUCCACUUUUACAAAUUAAGUUUCUGUAAUCAGACAGGCCCAGUAUUAAAACGGAAUUUAGAUUUUUUUGUUUUUGUUUUUUGAGAUGUGUAUCUGUGAAAAC